UUUCAGAGCACUAAUGGAUUUGUUUCAAAUUCAAAACCAUGAGGAAAAUAAUGUUGAUAAAAUAGAAAGUAAAAUGUUAGAAGAUGAAACAGAUCUGCUUCAUGAAACGUUGUCGACAGUUUUUCCAAAUGGCAAAAGCAUAAAGUUUGAUUCUCAUAAACAUCACGUACCGGUUAUUCUUCUGAAUAUGUUGAAAGAGUUAUUCGAACCAGUCUUAAACCAACUCUCUAUUGAACUAAUCGCAGCAAAUGGGAAAACCACAAACACGGAUAAUGUUUUAGCAGAGCUUGCAAAAUUUAAUGAAGCAGUUGCGUUAUUUCGAAGAGAUAAUCCAAAAAAACAACUAUUGCUGCCAAAACACUGGGAUCAGUCAACUUGUACCCAACAAGUUGCACAAAAAAUUACUGAAAUCGCCAAAGACCUGUCUGUUCCAUAUCCCAAAAAGCUCAACCAACAUUAUAAAGGCUUUUCCUCGGAGACGUAUGGUGAAACUAUGCUGGAACAAAUUGGUUCAAUUGUUGACGAACUAAAGCUGAAUUCAAGUGAUGUUUUCGUUGAUUUGGGAAGUGGAAUUGGACAGCUCGUUUGUUUUGUUGCAGCAUAUUCAAAGGUUAAAAAAGCUGUGGGAAUUGAACUCUCGUCAGUGCCAGCAGAAUAUGCAGUUUCGCAAGGAAUGUACUUUAAGAAUUUAAUGACCUUCUUUGACAAGCAACAUGGAGAGAUAGAACUGAUUCAAGGAGAUUUUCUUCAUCCACAGUUUCAUGAUCUAAUUUGCAAGGAGGCGACUGUUAUUUUCAUAAACAACUAUGCAUUUGAAGAUGAUCUCACAAGACGAAUUGUAUUUGAACUUCUGCAAAACUGUGCUGAUGGAACGCGUAUUGUUUCAGCAAAACCACUGAGCCUGCCAAGAUCAGUAGCCUCUAGACGUCAUGCUAUGUCGGAUUUUGGUUCUAUGUCUAAUUCAAGAACCCUCCGAGCAACUGAAUCAAAUGUUUCCUGGACCUCCAACAUAGUCGAGUUUACACUGACUACGGUAGAUCAUUUAAAGUUAUUCAAAUCUUUCGAAAUGCAAAAGGAAUCGAAGAAAAGUGCCAAUUCAAAAGUUAAAAAGGUUGGAAAGGAUUUCACCAAGACUUCUUUGAAGAACAAAAAGGAAUCCAAAUAACUGUCAACAAUAAUAUACUAGUUAAUCAAUUUAAUCUCAGAAUCGCUUGUUGAAACAAAACAGGGUGUAUGCUUUUGAACGUUGCUUUAAUUUUUUGUUUGAAAAUGAACACUUGUACCUUUCACGUUUAAU